CAGACAGAUGGGUGGAGCGCGCGCGCGCUCUCGUGCCGCCUGCGUUCUGAACAGAUCCGUUAGGACCUCAGAGUUCACUGAGGGAAAUUAGCUUAAAGCUAAAAAGUCGUUUUUACGGUUUUAAACGCGGAAAUCGGAGAAUAACAAAGCGGAGGAAAAGUUUGUUCUUCGUUCUGUUUCGAGAGGAAAUUGUUUUUAUGUUGAUAUGCAGUGAAGGAAAGAAAGUUGUUUCCUGUCAGGAGACUUCAGACCCUCAGAGAGAUCCCGUGCCGCUCGUCACAAUGUCUCCGUUCAAAAGCUGGAGGUAACCGGAGGAUAUCUGCGUUCCCUCGUUCGACAUGGUCCACUGGACCACUGUUCUGGUUCCAUGUAUCUGGAUUCAGGCCCUUGUGACAUGGGUGGCAUCAGAAACCUGCCCCUCUGCGUCUCUCACUCCUGUCAGCUUCUCCGUGCCUUACCCCAUGCCCACAUUUCAAACCUCCAACCCCAUCCAGAACAUCGCUGUCAACACUUUUUACCACGAGGUCUACGUGGGUUCGCGGAACCUCAUUGAAGCGGUGAACAGCACUCUGGGUAAGCUCUGGGAGCUGCGCACCGGCCCUGUGAGCAGCAAGGAGUGCCGACUGUGUCGACUGUGUGACAUCGAGAGCGAUCCGUUUGAGGAGGAUACGGACAGCGAGGUGCUGCUGCUCGACACCUACCUUAUGUACCUGUACACGUGCGGCAGCUCUCAGUAUGGAGUGUGUUACUUCCACCAGCUCAAUGAAAACGGACGGGUGCCAGCGCCCUCUAAGUGCCUUUUUCGCAAAGAAGCCAAUUCUGCCGCUUUCUGCCCGGACUGCAUCGCCAGCCCAUUGGGCACCAAGGUCAGCAUGGUGGAAGAAGGUCAGACAGUGUAUUUUUAUGUGGCUGCAACGGUCAAUGACAGCGUGACACAGCGGUACGGAAGGAAGUCCAUCUCUGUGCGCCGUCCUUUAGCCACAGAAAACGGCUUCCACAAUGACGUGCAGGGCCUAACGGUCCUGCCCGAGCUGAGGCGGGUGUACCCCAUUGAAUACAUUUACAGCUUCUACACUAAUGACUUUGUCUACUUCCUGUCGGUGCAGAGGGAGAAGGCGGAGCCGCAGGGCACGUCCCGUUUUCAGACACGACUCGGACGUCUACCGCGCAACGAAUGGGAAAUGCGCCGCUACCGAGAGGUUGUACUCGAGUGCCGCUUCGAACCCAAGCGCAGACGCAGGAACGCGCCCGCUGCCGCCUUCAAGGACAUCGUGUACAACGUGGUGCAGGCGGCGCACUUUGGCAGGGCUGGACGAGAGCUAGCCGAUGAACUCGGCGUGGAAGAAAAUGACGACAUCCUGUAUGGAGUUUUUGCUGUGAAGGACGUCUCGGGCGUUACCGAGCACGACUCGGCUCUUUGCGUGUUCCCCAUGGACUGGGUGAACAAGUUCAUCAACGACGGAGUGGAGGAUUGCUGCACGUUUGGACCUGAGCGGCUCUCCCGUGGUCUGUGCCACUUCCAGCCCUGCGAAAGCUGCCCACACGAGAGCAUGGAGCAUAAUAUGGGCUGCAGAGAUCAGCCCACUCUGGUGUCUCAGCCAUGUUACAGAGUGGACCUGUUCAACAGGCAGAUGAGAGACACGUUGCUCACCUCUCUGCUCGUCACCACCAUCGACAACGAAACCCUCGCUCACAUCGGUACGGCCGACGGCAGGCUGCUGCAGUAUGUCUUGCGGAGAUCCAGUCCCAUAAUCUUCGCCAACUAUUCCCUAGCACAGAACCAGAGGGUAUCAUCCACCGCUGCCGUGCUUCCUCCAGACCAUCUCCUGUUUAUAGUGGGGAAUAAGAUGAUCCAGGUGCCUCAGAGAGGUCCAGGGUGUCUCCACUUUCUCACCUGUGCUGCGUGUCUGACAGCUCCAAGGUUUAUGGCAUGUGGCUGGUGUUCAGGAAGCUGCACAUGGCAGUCUGAGUGUUUGGGACACUGGGUCAAAGAGUCCUGCCCUCCUGUCAUCACCGACUUCUUCCCUAAGACGGCGCCACUCGAUGGUCAGACGGAGUUAUCGCUGUGCGGAUUCGAGUUCCAGUCACCCCAUAAACCUGACAUUACCACCAGGACUCACGUGGUGAAGCUUGGAGAAACCAGCUGCUUAGUCCACCCUCAGAAAAGCAACAGCAAAAUGCUGGUGUGUAAGAUUCGUUCUGAGGUAACGGAGCCUCCAUAUAAGCCGAUUAACGUCACAGUGAGCGUUCGCGAGGAUCGCAAGGAAGACCCUUACUUCAUCAAGGGAAUCGAUGAAAUGCCUGGAUUCACAUUUGUGCGGCCUAACAUCACAGAUGUGCAGCCAGAUUAUGGUCCGAUGAACGGAGGCACUUUGAUCAACAUCACCGGACCUUUCUUACACUCAGGGAGGACCAGGAAGGUCACGCUGGAUGGUGAAAUCUGUCCUAUUAAAGGUGUGUAUAUAGUCCAGAAGACCCUGUCCUCCAUCGUGUGUCUUUCUCAGCGUGUCAGCGAGGUGAAGGAUGUGGUGCUGCAGGUCUACAUCGACAAAUUUCGCAUCGCCACUACCAGAGUGUUCCGCUACAAGGAGACCCCCAAGAUCCUCUCCGUUCAGCCCGAUUGCAGCUUCGACAACGGCUCGUGGAUCACAAUCGAAGGGAAAAAUCUGGACUCCGUUUACCGGACCAUCAUCCACUUCAAACCCAAAGAAAGCCACCUGAAGCCAGUUUCUACAGAGUGCCAGGGAAAAGCCAAGUCCACCCAUAUGGAGUGUGUGACCCCGGUCUUUCCCAGAGAUGAGACAGAAGAAGGAGAGCUUUCCUUUGACAUGGAUGGAGCUGUGGGUUUGUGGAAGCAGGACUUCUCGUAUCACCCGUACGGCAGACCCAUUCCCUUUGAGACAGAGGGACACGUUCUCACACUCUAUCCUGGCUUUGAUGAAGUUUCCUUACAUCACCAGAAGCUGAACCUGGUAAACUCUUGCAUGAAGAUCACCAUGACGGUCGGAGGGGUUGACUGUGGAGCGAAGGUUUUGGAUAACGAGAUCACCUGCCGCAUCCCCAAAAACCUCACCAUCACUAACGAGGGCUUACCUGUGAAGAUCACAGUCAACGGCCAGGUUCAUGACGUGGGCACGGUCGUCCUGGUGAGCAACCACUAUGUAGUGGGCAUCGUGCUGGGCAUUCUGGGAGCUCUGGUGGCUGGCGCAGUGCUGGCUUAUGUUACUAUGAAACACCUGAGAAACAAGAAGACAGAUUCCCUGGCUGAGAGUCGUCUGUCCCACUACUCCCGUAAUCACAGUUUGUCAGGCAACGGGAGCGUCGAGCUCCUGCCUUUCGGAGACUACAGACGAGGAGAACUUAACUUCAGUCCGACCCCCGCGUCCACUGUGCCUGUGGCGUUUCAAGGCCUGGCCUACGCCAACACGCUGGACCCCAGCCUCAACCCACUCUUGCCUUCUGAGAAAAUCUCCAUCUCCAGCUUCCAUCCGGAGCUCCUGGAAGAGGUGAAGGACGUCCUCAUCCCGGCGUCCAUGCUUAAUGUACAGUACCAUCAGAUCAUCGGGAAAGGUCACUUCGGCACAGUUUACCACGGUUACCUAACCACUGACCACAACAACAGGGAAAUCCACUGUGCAGUAAAGUCGCUAAGUAACAGAAUAACGGACGUAGAGGAGGUGGAGCAGUUUUUGAAGGAGGGGAUCCUGAUGAAGGCUUUCCACCACUCUAAUGUGCUCUCUCUACUGGGCAUCCUGUUGCCUCAAGAAGGGCUCCCCCUAGUUGUGCUGCCCUACAUGAAGCACGGGGACUUGCGCCACUUCAUACGUUGUGAGAACAGGAACCCCACAGUCAAAGACCUGAUUGGAUUUGGACUUCAGGUUGCCAAGGGGAUGGAGUAUUUGGCCCAGAAGAAGUUUGUGCACAGAGACUUAGCUGCCCGCAACUGCAUGCUGGAUGAGUCCUACACAGUGAAGGUGGCAGACUUUGGCAUGGCUCGCGACGUGUUCGAUAAGGAAUACUACAGCAUCCAGGACCACAGGAAAGCUAAGCUGCCUGUCAAAUGGAUGGCCAUCGAGAGCCUGCAGACUCAAAAAUUCACAUCCAAAUCUGACGUGUGGUCCUUCGGGGUUCUGAUGUGGGAGUUAUUGACACGAGGUGCAAGCCCUUACCCAGAAGUUGACCCUUAUGACAUCACACAUUACCUCUUAAGGGGGCGGCGACUCCCUCAGCCACAGUAUUGUCCUGAUCCGCUGUUUGCCAUCAUGCUGCAGUGCUGGGAUCCGGACCCGGAGCUAAGACCCAACUUCUCCACGCUGGUCUCUGAGGUGACGGAGAUCCUCUCUGGCCUGGAGGGAGAGCACUACAUCAGCCUGAAGGUGACGUACGUGAACCUGGACCAGCCGCGCCCUUACCCCGCCCUUACCGACUCCGCCGACGAGUGCGAGACCUCGGAUGAAGACAAGGUCGACUCAGCCACCACCUGACCGGCUGUGCGUGUUGCCUCUUAUAGAGAAGGUGCUAAGACAUCAACCCUGAGACAGUGAUUAUUUAUUUAUUAUGCAGCAGCCAUACUGGAACGUAAAGUUGUGAAAGCGCGUACACAUUCGGUCUUACACAGGAAAGGUGAACGUUUGUGUGAAGUAAAACUUCACGCUACACAAAUCCAGCCCUUCAUGAUAGUGACGGUAACGUAGGUUUGUUUAAUGGUAGAGGUGAAGUUUCCUCUAACCAACACGACCACACUGUCUACAUUUCCCCACAUUUUUCUCAGCGCAAUUUCAGCUGCACACUGCUGUUCUUCCUGUCAGCUUUAAUCCACUUUAAACGGACUAACGUUUAUUUAUUUAUUUUUUUAAAUAUCACAUUUCUAGGAUUCAACUUGCUCAAAGUGUCAGAAGUAGUCAUUCGUAAAAAUUGUGCAUGCUGUAACUUCUGCGGAGUGAUAAAAAAACGGUCUGUACUCAGAGUAGCUGAUUUUUAAUCUCGUGCGCUUAGUCGGAGUAUUUUGCAUUCUCUGUCCCGCAGCACCUCAUUCAGCGGCGUUUCUAAACGUUAUACGUCUCUAUAAAGUGUCAGUACACGUUUCAGUAUUCCAGUAAAACUUGGAGUGAAAAUUCCACACUGGGCUGCUUAAGGUCCAAUUUUUAUCCAUUAGUCUGAUGUACAGUAAGUCUGUCAAACUGCGUUCGAGUGGCGCGAAAGAAAAACGUCGUUCACUGCCGUGCUUGUCUGGGUGGGAGGGGCUUACUGCCUCUCCCCUGUCAAUCACACUGACAUUAACCAGUCAUGAGCGUACACGAGUCCACGUCUCAGAGGAAGCACAUGUUAGACUUUACCCUCUCCAGGUGGUAGCUUUGUAUGAUAAGGGCAUCUGGCUUAUGGGGGGUUGGUUGGCCAAAAGUAAUUCUGUCUGAACGUAGCAGUAAAAUUCGUGGUGAUUGUCAUGAAGGAAACUGAAAUAUUCGUUAUACCAGUAAACGUCAGGCUUCCACAGGAUGCACUACAAUUUCUGUGAUGUGACACAAUACAACUGGGUUCAAUUUAGUAACUUCUGAUCGACAUGCGACUGAAACUGAGGUUCGCAGAAGGAAUAUUUACAGAGAAUCAGAGACGCCGAGUGGCAAAUCGCCUCCUAUACUGUAAAAUAUUUACACGUCAGUUUAAAACUAUUCUUUUUUACAAACUAGUUGUUCGUCCUUUAUAUAAUCCAUUAAGUGAUCGAUGUAAUCGAUUGAAUUAUAUUUGAUGCCUUAAUUCAUUUAAGACGUCGUGUUUUAAUUCGGCGCGUUAAUCGUCCGAUCGCUACGUGUCUUACAUUUACGUUUUAUAGUUAAAUCACGGCGGCACAGAGCCUAGAGCUUUCCACCAGUCCAGUUUAGCAUGUUUUCAUCUCCUCUGUGUAAUAUCUCGUUAUUUCUGAAUAUUGAAUCUAUACAAUAAUAAAUAUUCAGAUUUUAAAGGAGCCCUAAAAGAUGUUACAUUUAGCAUUUAUGUAUUUCUCUCAUCACACCUGAUUAAACUGCAUCAGAUGAUGCUGCACUGGAUCUGAGAAGAUGCUGAGCUGGCAGUGGACUGGGAGAAUUAUAAUACACCAGGAUCAGUACAGACAGGAGUGUGUGUGUGUGAGUGUGUGUGUGUGUGUGUGUGUGUGUGUGUGUGUGUGUGUGUGUGUGUGAGAGAGAGAGAGAGAUAGAAAUAUAAGACAGCAUUAUCGUGUUCCUCAGACACAGCGAUGUUAGUCGAGAUGGUGAACGUGGAGCUCUCGACAUUCUGGUUUUGUAAACACGCACAUUUAAAUUUUGUUGGCUUUUAUAUUAGUUGAAUGUAAAGUAGAAGACAGAAUUGAGUAGAAGACAGUGUUCACACUUUACUACUAGAUCACUAAAAGGAGCGUUACACUCUAAUAGGCAAACAGGUCUAACACUGGACCAGUACGCACUAUAUAUAUUUUAUAUAUUUGCAUUUCUUUUUCUUUGCUGCUGUGACAGAGACAUUUCCCCAUUGUGGGACGAAUAAAGGUGUAACUUAUCUUAUCUUAUCUUAUCUUAUCUUAUCUUAUCUUAUCUUAUCUUAUCUUAUAUCUUACUAGCUUUUAGUCAUUAUUAGCAAUGCUAAAGAAAUGCUAAAUCUCUGUUCCUUGUGUCUAUUGCUCCACACCUACACAUAGUCUCCUUGCAUGUGAUGUGAUGUGAGGACAAAACACCAGUUAGUGCUUCAGACAUUCCUUUCCAUUAGUGUGUAUAAACGCACGUGACUAGCUCAUUAGCUCAGGAUACAUAAACAUAUUUGUUAUAUCGUGCGAGCUACCACGUUUUAGUCGAGUCAGUUAAAGGUGGCGUCUCCGUUGUUCGAGAAAUGAUUCAGAAAACUGAGUCGGGACGACAAAGAAAACAAAAAUCAAAACAAAUGUGUAGCCAAUGAGCAGAAAGGGGCGUGUCUUGUCGAUAUGGGCGGAGAGAGUGUUCAGUGCGCAUGUGUGACAUUAGCAGAAAGCGGUUUUAACAUUGACAUGGAGGAUAAAAACAAAGAAAGAAAGUGAAGAAAGUCUUACGAUAAGGUAAGAAGUAGGACGUGUUAAUAUAGGAUCAGCUUUCCAGCGCUGGAGAGAACUGAAGGAGCAGGAAGUUGGUCACAUAUUCACA